AUGAAUUCCGUUGGUGAUGGAGGUUUCGCUCAAGGCCGAUCCGCAAAUCGUCCUCCUCUCUUUUGUGGCAACAACUUUGCUCAUUGGAGAUCGCUAAUGCAAAUGUUCGUGAUUGAUCAAGAUCUUGAGCUCUGGGAGAUUAUAAAGAAAGGUCCUAAAGUUCCCAUGAAGACGACAGAAAGUGGAGCAGCCGUUCCCAAAGAUGAUGAUGAGUUCAACCAGACGGAUCUUGAAAAUGUGGCAAAAAAUUAUCGUGCUAUGAACUUGCUGUAUUGUGGAUUAGAUGCGAAUGAAUUCAACCGUGUGUCUACAUGCAAAAGCGCCAAGGAGAUAUGGGAUAAGCUCGUGGUCACAUAUGAAGGAACAAGCCAAGUGAAGGAGACCAAAAUCAACAUUUUCCUUCGACAAUAUGAACUCUUCAAAAUGCUGUCAAAUGAGUCUAUCAAAGAGAUGUUCACAAGGUUUACUCAGAUUAUAAAUAACCUUGAUUCUCUUGGGAAGUCAUUCUCAAACAAAGAAAAAGUCAGAAAAAUUCUCCGAUGUCUUCCAAAAUCAAAAUGGGGACCAAAGGUGACCGCAAUUGAAGAGGCUCAAAAUUUGAGAACUCUAUCUCUAGACGAUCUUCUUGGGAAAUUAAUUACCCAUGAGAUGUCUCUGAAUGAAGAAGAUGGAGAGCCUACCUCAUCUACUAAAGGGCUAGCUCGCAAAGCCAAAAAGGAAGAUAUCUCUACUAAUGAUGAAGAAUCUGAUAAUGAUGGAGAUGAUGAAGAUCCUUUUGAUCUUAUUGCUAGAAGUCUUGCAAAGAUCCUCAAAAUGAAGAAAAAGUUUCCUAGAAGCAAGAACAACAAUCGGACAGAGAAAUACAAGAGCAAAUCAUUCAACAAAGUCAAUACCUUGAAGUGCUACGAAUAUGGAGAUGAUGAUCACCUUGUAAAGGAUUUCCUUAAAAGAAGAAAAAGACAGUUAGGCAAAAGAGAUUAUAAGAAGAAAUCUAUGGUUGCCUCAUCGAGUGACUCAGAUUCAAGUGAUUCCGAUGAUGAACAAGCUAAUCUAUGUCUUAUGGCGGGUCACAAUGAUGCAAAAGAUGAGCACCUCCAGGUAAUCGUAAACAAUUUAAUUGCCAGGCCUACUAAUGUUCUUUUUGAUUUUUUACGUAACAUGCUUGUGAAUGAAGAAAGCUUAAUUCAAGAAUCGAAGAUUCUUAAAGAAAAGCUGAGCAAACAAGUGAGCAUAUCUGACAAUUUGGCUAAGGAAUUAGCUGAUCUCAAAGCAGCCCAGUCCACUUUUGAAAACAAGGUUAAGACCUCAGAGUCAGCUUUUGACACAGAAGUCAAGUCCUUGAAAACUGAAAACACUGCUUUAAAGCGUAAGCUUACUUCUCUAAGUUAUUAUAAUAAUAAACUAGAGAAAGAAAAGAAAACUCUUACUGGGAAAUGCAUAGAGCAGCAUAAUGUCUUGGUUAGAUUUACCCAGUCAAAAGCAACACUUGAUAAGAUGUUGGGUGUACACCAAUCAUCCUUAAAUAAGAGUGGUCUUGGAUACAACAAAAAUUUUCCUAAGAAAAACCCGACCACUUUUGUAAAAGCUAAGGAUAAUUGGCGAACCCCUAAAUGUUUUUACUGUUGCAAGAAGGGUCAUACUAAGUUAACAUGUCCUUUUAGAAGAAAUGACCAUUAUAUUGUUAAGAAUUCUUUUCCUUUUUAUUUUCGAGACCAAAUCAAGCAAAUAUGGGUUGUUAAAGGAACUAGACCACCAAACAUGGUCCAUCCUGACUAUGACUCCAAAUUUGCAAGUUGGUCUAGAAAGGUUUAA